AUGAUAGAUACACUAGUUUAUUACGGAUAUUUUACUUUUGGUCUUUACUCUCUUAUUCUUAUACUUGCUGGUACCCCAUUAAAUCUUCUUUGUUUUUAUAUAUUCAAACGGCAUUUACCUAAUCGUUCAAAUCCAACCAUCAUAGUUUUUUCAUAUUUAGCUCUUGUUGAACUUCUCAUUCCGUUUACUUGGAACUUAAAUUAUGUUAUCAGAGAACUUAUCUGGAAACGGCAAAAAAAUGUUGCAAUUAAAAACCUUGAACAACAUUCAAUGUUAAUUUGUAAAUUAAUAUCUUACGGAGCUUACUUUUCACUUGAAUGUGGCGCAUGGCUGAAGACAUUAGCAUCAUUUACACGUUGUGUCUCAUUACAUCAUAAUUGGCCUAUAAAAAAAUAUAUAUCAAAGCCACAUAUUAUGCAUCGUAUUUGUUGGAUAACUAUUUUUCUUAUGGCUCUUAUCAAUUCGCCUACAUGGAUUGUAAAUGGUAAAUAUAUAGCUUCUGUUGAUAAAUUUAAUCAGACGAAAACACAAGUGGCAUGCUAUCGAUCUACAUUCUUUCAAUUUUGGGAAAUAGCUCAUUUAUUAUUAUAUAAUUUUAUUCCAUUUGGAUUAAUGAUUUUAUGUAAUAUAUAUAUAAUCCGUCACGUUGAUGAAUCUCGGCGACGUACACGAAAGUCAAAAAUGCCAAAAAGUUCUCUAGCAAAACAAUCAUCCGCAAAUUAUUCAAAUCGCAAUUCAAUAACAAAUGAUGGUAGCCGUUUAACUAAAACAUUAGUAUUGAUAGCGGUAUUUUUCAUUGCAUUUACAUCACCUUCUGCCAUAUUUUACAUUUUUUUGGGGAAAAGAGUCAAAAUUCAUCGAAAUUUAAUUACAAUGGGAUUAAGUAAUUUAGCAACAACAAGUCAUGUUUCAUCAUUUAUUAUUUAUUGGUUAACUUCAACAGAUUUUCGAGAUGUUGCUAUUGGUAUUAUUUGUUGUCGAUCAUCCAAUCUUCAUGGACAAACGACGGCAGAUAAGCAUAAAGAAAGAAAUGUCUCGAUAAGACCAUCUUUACCAUUAUUACGUUUGCCAAGUUCAACUAAUCAAGAAACAUUAACAUCAGUUCAAGCAUCAUAA